AUGCCCGGCCGCGGACUCCUCCCUCCCUCCCUACCUCAUCCUCCCGCCUCCCCGCUCGCCCUUCCUCCAAGACACCGCACCGAGGGCCGAGGGCCGAGCCGUCCGUGCGACUGUCGCGCACCUCUUCCUCCCCAUUCCCUCUCCCUCCACCCCCACCUGCACACACUCUUGCCCUUGGGAUACCAGUUGUGUCGUGUCUACCCCGGCCCUCGCCUUUACCCUCGCCCUCAUGUCACCCUCGCCUUCACCUUCACCCUCGCCUUUACCCUCGCCCUCGCCCUCGCCAUCGCCAUCGCCUCACCCUCACCCUCACCUCACCCUAGCCCUCAGCGCGAUCUGGGAGCAAACCAAGUCAUCAUUUCAUGUAUUGGCUAA